AUAACAUUUACUUUUGAACAAGAAUUCAGCACCACGGCUAUUCAGGACAAGUUCGUCUUUGAUGCACUGUAUCAUCGGAAACAUGUGAAUACCAGGUAGAUCGUUAUCGUAUGAAGCGUCCUUUCCUCUUUGUGAAUGUUGUUUUAUAGCUCUACUAUACAAAUAGAGCAGAUAGGGAAAAAUGCCAAAACGGGCUCAUCUUCGGGAAAAUUGCUUAACUGCAUGCCUUACUCGAAUUGCGUUACUUUUGGGGGCUUGUCGGGUUGUCCUGUCACAGAGAUUGAGUUUGUCUAUAGAGGAGGGACAACCCCCGGAGACCAUAGUGGGGGAUAUCAGCGUUGUAUUCCCCGCUGAGACAUCAACCGGUGGCUAUUUCAUUUCGGAAAGUGAAGAGUCGGUUGUUUUCAGUGAUCUGAACGUUAAUGUGGACAGCGGAAUUAUAAAGACAGCCAAAGUCCUGGACAGAGAGACGACAGAUCGCUAUGAGUUUGUAGCCGUGACUCUGACCGGGCAAAUGGUCAAGGUGGAGAUCGUGGUCACGGACAUCAAUGACCACAGUCCAGUUUUCCCGAGGGAGAAAGUCCAGCUCAAUAUCUCAGAACUAACUCCGAGCGGGACAUGGUUUCAGCUGGACGAAGCCUGGGACCCGGACACGGAGAAGUUUAGCAUUCAGGGCUAUGCGAUCACGCAGGGAAACCCGGGGAUAUUUCAACUUCGGUCCGAGAAAGCGUUCGAACAUGUCGAUCUUGUACUCGGCGGCCUCCUGGACCGGGAGACCAGGGACUUUUACUCGCUCACCGUGCAGGCUUUCGAUGGGGACACUCCUCCGAGGACGGGCAUGAUGCAGCUGGACAUCCGAGUGCUGGAUGAGAACGACAACCCGCCCCACUUUAACCAGACCGAGUAUGAAGCCUGGGUUUGGGAGGAUGCGGCCCCGGGGACCCGGCUCAUCCAGCUCCAGGCCAGCGACCCGGACCAAGGCAGUAACGGCUUCAUCACGUACGAGAUAGACCGCAGGCACAGCGACCCGGGCGGCCACUUCGCCAUCGACAGCCGGAGCGGCGAGGUCCGGCUCCAGAAACCGCUCGACCGGGAGAGUCGGCCCCGGCACCAGCUGGUUAUUCGAGCCCGGGACCACGGCUCCCCGACUGAACUGGGCAGCGCCUUCCUGUCGGUGCGGCUAAUCGAUGUCAACGACAACCGGCCGUCCAUUAGCAUCCUGUACCUGAGCCAGAGCGGCCGGGCCGAGGUGUCGGAGGGGGCGGCCAUAGGGCAGCUGGUGGCCAGGGUGUCGGUUUGGGACCCGGACCUGGGCGAAGGCGGCGAGCUGCGGGUCUGGCUGCAGGACGAAGACGAAAACGAGGAGCUUAGCACCAGCUUCGAGCUGCGGGAUUCCCCGCUCCGCUCCGUCUUCCUACUGCGUGUAAACGGCCACCUGGACCGCGAGCGCCGCCGCGCACACCACCUCACCGUGCGCGCCUCUGACUCCGCGCGCCCGCCGCUGAGAUCCCAGCGGUCGCUCGAGCUGCGCGUCACCGACGUCAACGACAACGCUCCCGCCUUCGAGCGCGAGGUAUACACAGCCCGCGUCCCCGAGGGCCCACUUCCCGCCGACGGGAGCACACUUCUACGGGUGCGCGCACAAGACCCGGAUGCCGGCGCCAACGGCACGGUCAGGUACGCCAUCUUGGAAGACGACGCUGGGGACCGGGAGGUGUCGCUUUUUGAGGUCGAUCCGCUGACGGGCUUUAUCAGCACCACUGCGUGCCUGGAUCGGGAGACGCACGCGGUGAUCCGUCUGUUGGUGGUGGCCCAGGAUCUGGGUGAGCCGCCUCUCUCCUCCACCGCCAGCGUCUUGCUUCACGUCGAGGACGUGAACGACAACGAGCCGGUCUUCGAGCGAGAGCUCUACAGAGCGACCGUGCGGGAACACACGGAGCCCGGGACCUGCUUCCUUCAGGUUAGUGCAAGAGAUGCAGAUAGUGGUCGUUUUGGUACUAUCUGUUAUUUUCUUUAUGAUGGUGUUAACAACUAUGAAAAGUCACAUCUCUUCACCAUUGACACCUCUUCUGGUCAAGUCUGUACAGCCCAGAUUAUGGAUCGAGAUGAUGGACCUCCAAGUUAUGAUCUGUUAGUGAUUGCUGAGGAUGGGGGUGGUUUGAGUGCCCAGUCAUUUAUCCACUUAGAUCUACAAGACAUCAACGAUAACCAACCUUUAUUCAACCCAUUGACUUACGUAACCAGCAUCAGCAGCCAUACACAGCCAGGAACAGAGAUUACAAAUGUGAUGGCCUCUGACAGGGAUUCUGGAGUCAAUGGAAAGGUGUCAUAUGAACUUCUAGCUGGAAACUUCUCUUCUCUGUUCUCUGUAGACUCCUCGACAGGUGCGGUGUAUUUAACUUCUAUCUUCAGUCAUCUACAGGUUUCUGAUGUGCAGUUGAAAAUUUCUGCACGUGAUGGUGGCAAUUUGACUUCGCCUAUGAAUGCAACUGUAACUGUCCACAUUCUUCAAAGUUCUCUAGCUCCGACAGUGUUCGAGCAAUCUUCUUAUUCCUUUACCAUACUAGAAAGUGUUCCUAUAGGAAGUGCUGUUGGAAGAGUACAAAUUGCAAAUAUCCAAGAUUCUCUAGAAUUGAAAUACAAAAUUUCCUCUGGUGAUCCGUAUGGCUAUUUUUCUAUUGAAUCUGAAUCUGGUCUUAUCAGAAGUAGUAAGCACUUAGAUCAUGAAGCCCAACAUUUUGUGUUGCUUACUGUAGAGUCUCAAACCAGCAGCUCUCCUGUCUACAGCUGUGCACAGGUCAACAUAACAAUUACUGAUGUUAAUGAUAAUGCACCAGCUUUCCAUCAAGAAUCUGAAAGUAUUACCAUUUCAAAAAAUACCUUGCCAGGAACAGUUAUCUACGUUGCUUACGCUGAAGACCAAGACAGUGGAUUAAAUGGAAUAGUCAUGUACAGUCUACAGAAUGACUAUAAACAAACUUUUACCAUUGAUUACAUACAUGGAACACUUUAUCUGAACAGGACUGUUUCAUCAAUGAAACAACAAUACAGUAUACAUAUUGUAGCAAAUGACCAGGGAGCCCAACCUCUGAGCGCUGUGUUCAUGUUAUUAGUGAAUGUUGACCAUUUGGAUGGUGAUUUGACAUUUGAAACACUAGUUUACCAAGUUGAAGUCAGUGAAGCUGCACCAUUAAAUAUGAGAAUUUUGCAAGUUCAUGCUCACAAACAAGAUUUUAAGGUGGCCUCGGGCUUAGUUUACUCACUUCAGCAAAACUUGGAUUCAUUAACGUUUGGCAUCCAUGCUGCUAGUGGCUGGAUUUAUAUUCAUAAAGCUCUGGACUAUGAAAAGAAGCAUAGUUACAACUUUAAGGUAUUUGCCAUAAAUCCAGAGAAGCACUUAAAGCAAAGUGCGGCUGCGUCUGUAAUGGUUAAUGUUAUGGAUGAAAAUGAUAAUCCUCCUAUAUUUACACAAAAUUUGUACUUUUUCACAAUUGAAGAAAACCCCAUUCCACAUGGCCUGGUUGGAAAAGUACAAGCAACAGAUUGGGAUUCAGGAGAAAAUUCUCAUUUAUCAUUUAUGCUAUUAUCUGAUGGAAAAUUCUUCAGACUUAAUUCCAAAACAGGCGAGAUUGUUAACUGGGUAGCGUUAGAUCGGGAACAUCAUAUUCACCACCAGUUGUCUGUACUAGUUACUGAUCAUGGUGUGCCUCGACAAAAUGCCUCCACCACUGUUUAUAUCACAGUCACUGACAUUAAUGAUAAUAAACCACUAUUUUCUUACCCGGGACCGGGCCGUGAAUUCAUUGUCAAGGUUUUGGUAGCUCAACCUGAAGGCACAUUUUUGACUACAUUAAUUGCUAAGGAUCCAGAUGUUGGAAAAAAUGGUACUGUUUCUUUUUCCUUAUUAGAAGAUUAUUCACAUAGCUUCAAAAUUGAUGCCAAAACUGGAGAACUGCAAACGGCCAGGGUUUUCACGGACAAUCAUGCAUCACAUCAUAAAAUUGUAGUGAUGGCAAGUGAUGCAGGAAGCCCUCCUCUUCAACAGAUUGCAGAAGUUAACAUACAGGUUAUCCCUAGAGUCAUAGAAAAUCAGACAAUUCACAAUAAUCGAAGGUAUUUUGCCAUACCUGAAGGUUUAAGACCUGGAAAAGUUGUGGGUUCCGUCAGUUCCUAUGAUCAUCAUUUGCUGACCAGCCAGAAAGUACAUUACUACAUUGAUGAAGAUGAUGACCACUUUCCAUUUGAAGUUGACAGUAUGACAGGAGAAUUGUACCAAAGCCAAGAACUAGACUACGAAGAAGUUUCUCAUUAUUUGCUAAAGGUUAUAGAAGAAGAUAAUUGGCACAUCCCUUCAAAGAAUAUUUCUAUUUUUGUUAGUAUUAAAAUAGAAGACCAAAAUGAUCACUCACCAUGGUUUAAAGAUGAUGUUGUUGUGAUUGGAAUUCCAGAAAAUCUUCCCGUCGGUUCUCUUGUUCACAUAUUUAAUGCAAUUGAUGAUGAUGGAAGUGGGCCAAAUAGUGAUCUCCAAUAUUCUGUUAUGUCCUGGAGUUCCAUGGAAAAUCCUUUUUACAUAGAUCCCUAUCAAGGAUGCUUAAAUACGAUAUUGCCAGUUGACCAUGAAAUGAGCAAAACUUUUUUUCUAACAAUAACAGCAAUGGAUCAAGCAUUAGAUGUAAAUGAACGCAAGGUAGGCUUGGUGACAGCUCAGAUUAUUGUCUUGGACGUAAAUGAUAACAAACCUAUAUUUUUAUCAGAAAAUGUUUCCUAUGUAAUGGAAGAUGAGGAAGUGGGAUAUCUGGUCCAUCAUAUUAUUGCAUUUGAUGCAGAUUCAGGAGAAAAUAGAAGAAUUUCAUAUGCUGUCAUCUCAGGGAAUGAAGACAACACUUUCAAACUUGAUGAAUCAUCAGGUGUGCUGACAUUGGUCUCCCAUCUAGACCAUGAAAUGCAAAAAUCCUAUACCCUCACAAUUUCAGGAUGGGACAAUGGACUUCCGGUUCAGUCCUCAACGCAGAUUCUGACGGUGAUUAUUGUUGACAUCAAUGAUGAAGCACCAAAGUUCCAAGAAUCUGUCUAUGAUGUUGGAAUCCCUGAAAAUCUUAAUGUGGGAACAUAUGUUGUUAAGGUUGAAGCUUUUGAUGGAGAUUCAGAUCUAAAUUCUGUACUCAUUUAUGAGAUUUUACCAGGAUCUGGAUAUGAUGCAUUCAGAAUAAACCCUAAAACUGGCAUCAUCACCACAACACAAGUACUGGAUAGAGAAAUGCAAGAAUAUUUUGUGAUUAAAGUUUUGGUCCGAGACAGUGGGACCACAUGUCUAUCUGACACAACUACAAUCACGGUGACUGUGUUGGAUGAAAAUGACCACCAGCCUGAAUUCAUGCCACAUUUACAUGAGCUGCAUAUUUUGGAGAAUAUGGAUCCAGGAGUAAUUUAUGCACUCAUGGCUUUGGACAAGGAUGCUGGGAACAAUGGACUUGUUAGAUAUGAAAUCAUUGGUAGUAAUUUUACUGAUGCAUUCAGAAUUGAUUCCAUUUCUGGAACACUUGCUACGACUAGAGGCUUGGACAGAGAAGAAUUUAAUAAUUUUUCUCUUACCAUAGAAGCUCAUGACCUUGGUAAUCCACAAAGAAUCUCUCAGGCAGAAAUUUGGAUUACUAUCUUGGAUGAAAAUGAUAAUAGUCCAGUGUUUGAAAAAAAUUAUUACUAUACUUCUGUGAAUGAAGAUAUUCCUAUUGGAUCAAGUGUUUAUCAGUUGAUUGCUACUGACAAAGAUGAUGGCUUCAAUGGAGAAAUUGCUUACUCCCUAAUUGAUGAUACAUUUGGAGCAUUUACUAUUAACAGCAACACUGGCAUCAUUGUGACAACAAAUCAAUUGGAUAGAGAGACUAAAUCACAAUAUGCCUUCCGAGCAGUGGCAAGUGAUUACAGCAUUCAAAAUCCAAAAAGUACUACAGUUAAUGUAAUGAUACAUAUUGAAGAUGCAAAUGAUAAUUUCCCAAUUUUUAUACAAAAUCCAGUCAUUGCAUAUAUUACUGUCGACACUCAGAUCAGCCAUAUUAUUGCCACUAUGAAAGCUGAUGAUAAGGAUUUGGGGCAAAACGGCACUGUCACGUUCCAGAUUUUGGAACAUGAUUCAUUGUUUGCAGUGAAUAAUACUACAGGUGACAUUUACCUUAAAACAUCACUAUCCCAGAGUCAUUUUGAUAGAAAUCAUCUGUCUGUUGUUGCGAUAGACCAGGGUAACCCAGCUAGAUUGUCGACUGGGCUUGUGCUUAUACAUCGGCAAAUAGAAAAAGGAAUUUGGUUUAGUCGUAAUAAAUAUGAGAUCACAGUUCCUGAAAACGUCAAAUCAGGCACACUGGUUUUGAGUGUCAUGAAUCAAGACUACAACACGAAUGGAGUCACUUACAGCAUUUUUAGUGGGAAUGAAAAUGAAGCAUUCCACAUAGAUUCAGAAACUGGUGACAUUGUGGUGAAAGAUUCCAAAAUUCUGGAUUAUGAAGUCAGAACCAAGAUGCAUUUGUUGUUGUUGGCAGAAAGUAACCAUCAAACAGCAUACAGCCAGUUAACUAUUAUAAUUGAAGAUGUAAAUGAUAACCAACCAUGUUUUCAACAAAAUUAUUAUAAGACAUCAAUAUGGGAGGGCCAAACACGUAAUACAUACGUCAUGCAGGUUUUUGCAUCUGAUUCUGACCAUGGGCUUAAUGGCCAAAUUGAAUAUUCCAUAAUAUCUGGAAAUGAAAACGAGGCUUUCGUUAUUGAUUUAACUCGAGGAAUUAUUACAACUAACGCUGUUUUAGAUCGAGAAGUAAUUUCCUCCUACAGAUUAGUUAUCCAAGCAACUGAUCGAGGAAGCCCCAGGCAUUCAAUAACUGCCAUUGUUGUGAUUCAGGUUGUGGAUAUUAAUGAUAAUCCUCCAAGUAUUCCUCCACUGAAAGCAGUGAAGAUUUUUGAAAACCUGCAAGCUGGUUAUGUUGUCACACAGAUAUUGGCAACUGAUAUGGAUCUAAACCCCAUUCUUUCCUAUAAUUUUACGAAGAAUGGUAAUCCAGAAGGUAAAUUUGCUAUUGACUGCAACACUGGAAUCAUCAUUUUGACUGAGCCAUUGGAUUUUGAGAAACAGUCUGAAUACUUGGUGAAGAUCAAGAUUUCUGAUUCAGUGCAUGAAACUGAAGGAGCUCUUGGAGUUUUUGUAGUGGAUUUAAAUGACAAUUCACCUGUCUUUUCUCAAGAAUCAUAUCAGAUUAUACUGCCUGAACUCUCACCAGUCAAUACGUACGUUCUGACUGUAUGUGCGACAGAUAAAGACUCAGGAAUGAAUGGAAAAGUUUCCUAUAGAAUCCUUCCAGGAACUUCUACAGAGUUUUAUAUUAAUGCUGAAAGUGGUGCAGUAUUUACCAGGAGGACUGUACACUACACAACUUAUAACUCCGUGGUGCAACUUCUUGUAGAAGCUAAAGAUGAUGGAAACCCUGCGUUGAAAAGCAUUACUUCAGUAGUAAUACAAAUUCAGGAUAUCAAUAACAAUAUUCCUCAGUUUGCCCAAGCAGUUUAUAAUAUCAGUGUCAAUGAAGAGGCAACAAUAGGAAUUAUUCUGUUAUCAUUUUCAGCACUAGACCAAGAUUGGACACGUAAGAAUGCUUACGUUGACUACACCAUUAUUGGAGGCAAUGAACAAAACAGAUUCCAUAUUGAGAACACUAUAAUUCAAACAGAGAAUCAGUAUCAUGUGAUAGGCAAGCUGCUCUUAAAGAAUGUAUUAGACAGAGAACGUACUAACAGCUAUUGUUUGGUUCUGUGUGCAUCUGAUCGAGGAAACCCGUCACUUAAUUCAACCACAAUUGUAUUAAUAACUGUGCUUGAUUUCAAUGAUAAUCCUCCAGUUUUUAACAGCUUGGAGUACCAUGUUGAAGUUCUAGAAAGCACCCCUGUGAAAAAUAAACUUGUUCAAGUCUCAGCCUAUGAUCAUGACCAGGGAGCAAAUGCAGAUAUUAAGUACAGUAUAAUAUCUGGAAAUGAAAAAGGAUAUUUUAGAUUGGAUCCUAAAAUGGGUUUUGUAGAAUUAAAAUUACCUCUUGACUAUGAAGAGGUAUCAAAAUUCAUGUUAACUAUCCAAGCAGUUGAUGAUGGUAUUACUAAUCAAAAUAUGGCUAUUUCAAUCCUUUAUAUUAAUGUAUUGGAUGACAAUGAUAAUGCUCCUUAUUUUGUAGUUCCUACACUGAACUGUGCAGUCAAUGAAAAUGAGCCUAUCUACACAUCAGUGUGUGCAGUUCAUGCUUUCGAUUAUGAUGAUGGUACCUUUGGAUAUUUAACAUAUUCUAUUCUGACAUUGUCUUCAACUGACUAUUCUACAUAUACUAGUUGGAAUAAUUUUAUUAUCGAUCCAAUUACUGGUGAUAUAUACACAAAACAGAUGAUUGAUUAUGAGCAACAAAAAAAGUAUGUAUUUGUGGUCCAGGCCAAGGAUAAGGGUAAUGCAACAGCAACUGCAACAAUUCAAGUGCAUAUUCAAAGUAUUGAUGAAUAUGAACCCAUCUUUACCCAAGAUCGGUACUAUUUCACUCUCCCUGAGCUUGUGGAGGUAGGUCAAAAAGCUGGCCAAGUUACUGCUGUCGAUAAAGAUGCUGGACUAGAUGGAAUUGUGCAGUUCUCAUUUCUACAGCCCUCUCCUUACUUUUCACUGAACCAGACAAGUGGAGUUAUUUAUGUUUCUGGUUCUGUUCACAAGAUUAGAGGCAGUUACAAGAGAGAAGAGGUAAUUGAGUUGGUGAUUAAAGCCAGUAGUCCUUUAUUGGGCUCCAAAUCAGCAAUUAGUACUGUUACCGUUAACAUCUCUCAAUCAUUGGAUGCCUUAACAGGUAAGUCAGCUGACAACCUCACUUUAAGUCUCUCUGUCUCAUUUGCCAUUUUCUUGCUCCUUUCUGUGUGCUUUGGUGGCCUACUGUGUAGAUAUAAAAGAAAAGAUAAAAAUAAUUCAAGUAUUGAAAAGCAGAAUAUAAAGCUUCCAAUAAUAUCCACAAUUAUCAACCAUCUGAAUCAUCCAGUAGUGUCAUCAGGUCAUCAGAAAGUGGGUGAUAAUCAGCAAGGAAAAACUCCUGUUAAUUCACUGGAACAACUGAGUUUAGUGGACAUUCCUGUAAAGAAGAAGUCAUUUAAUUCUUCCAGGCAAUGUGCUGCAGAUGGGCAAACUGCUGAAGACAGAGAAAUUAUGCUGAUUAGUGCAAAUCAGCAUAGCAGAAAUCAAGUUUCAGAAUUAAAUAAACCUGGCUAUAUAUGCAGUGUUCCAGAUUCAGAGCACUCAAGGGAAUCAUACUGCUUGUCCUGUCAGUUGUGUAAGAACAAUACCACUGAUGCAGUCAUUAAUAGAGAAUGUGUAGAUGGCAUUUAUAACUUUAAGGACAUAAGGGGAGAGGAAGGGUUCAGUGUGGAUUUUGUUGAUUUUUCAAGGAAUAUUCAGAAUCCAAAUAUUAAGGAAAAUAGUAUCAUGAUGGACAAUGCUAAGGAUCACACUUUUAUCAUGGAUGGGCAGACUUCAUUGAUAGGAUCCCUUAGUUCACUUGUUCCCAUACAAGACCAAAUACAAAACAGCUACAAUUAUGAUUACAUACUUACCUGGAAACCUGGGUUCCAACCUUUGGCCUCAAUCUUUACUGGGAUUGCAAAACUGAAAGAUGAAAAUGUACAAAAGCCUGUUAUUAAAAAUGAAUCCAAAUCUAUUAGCCCACCCCCACUGAUAACAUCAAUUGCACAGCAAGGCAUAAGAGUUGUCCCUCCACAAAUGCCAAUAAUAAAAUUUAAUCCAUCAACCACAAAAUGUUCAAGCUUGCCCAUUGUUACUAAUACAUACAGCACUGCUUCAGCUAUGACACCAAGUUUCUCUCCAUCUGUUUCUGUGCAAACUCCUUCAGCUUCUAUUGUUUUAAAUACAGGGAUAUCUAAACUUACCAUAACGUAA